AGCAUGCAGAACAAACUAUGGGUGUACAUCUGCUGGUUGGUUGUGAACUUAACACUGGGGUUGCUGUGGCAAAUCUUAAUACAAUAUGAACACAAACCAAUAAUGAAGCAUGCCUUUUUACAAAGUGACACAUACAGAAAAUUCAUUGGUGAUAAAAUGCUUCUACAAAAACAUACCAAUAAACAUAGCAAGAUCAGCAUACUUUUUUGGAAUGGAAAUUUUAUAGGCGGUCCAAUGAAACAAUCACAAAUUAUAAGAAAUUUAGCAUUUGAGAGAUGUUCAGUGUCCAAUUGUGUUUUACUUGAUGAUCGCAGUCCUGUAGGAGUUAACAAUGCCCAUGUUAUCAUUUUCAACAUUUGGGAUGGAUUAUUUAACAUUCAAAAUUUACCAAAGUUCCGUAGUCCCAAACAGAAAUGGAUGUUUCUGACAGUUGAGGCUCCUGGUAGGAACUACUGGCAAUCAAAGUUAAACUUGACCGAACUUGACGACAUGUUCAACUUGACUGCCACCUAUAGGCAUGAUUCUGAUUGGCCAGUGCCUUAUGGUUCAUAUACUAAACUUGAAAAAAUUGAUGUAACAAAUACAUAUUCAGCACACAAUAAAAGUAAAUUGAUUGCAUGGCUUGCAAGUCACUGUGAGACAGAGAGUGAAAGGGAAAGUAUUGUAGGAAUGAUUCAAAAUCAUACCACAGUAGAUGUAUAUGGUCAAUGUGGAGAACACUGUCCUUACAAUUGCCUUGAGUAUAUUGGAAGGACAUACUUCUUCUACUUGGCCCUUGAGAACAACGAAUGCAUAGAGUACACCACAGAGAAAGUAUGGCACAAUGCAUUUGCAAACAACAUAGUCCCAGUUGUUAAGGGGAAAGUGACAGGCUAUAAAAACAUUCUUCCACCCGACUCAUACAUCUUAAUUGAUGAUUUUAAAAACUAUGAAAAAUUACAUGAAUUUGCAUGUAUGGAUCUAAUUAACCCAUAUUGA